GGUCUUCCAAUAAUCUCCAAAUACCGACACCUUUCUUCUUCCCUCUCUCUAAUGUGAACUCCAGGUAGCAGCUUUAGUUCAGAUCCAGCUCUCGCUCCCUUCUCCCCCCUUGGAGAAAAGAGAGCUGUCUCUUUCUCUUCUUCGAUCCAAUGGCGCACUUCGAUCCUCUUAUCUCCUCUUCCUCUCCUCUUCUUCUCCUCAUCCAUGGAGUCCUCCUCCUCAUCCUCCUCUUCGCUUACGCCGGCGAUGCCUCGGUCCACGACUACACGGGGGAGAAGUUCGUGGCCAAAGGCAACGCCUUUGUCCUCCACGGCGGCAGCGAAGGCCUCUACGCCUCCCUCCCCAGCCCCAACGCCUCCGCCGCCGGAAAUGGCGUCUCCUUCAUCCGGUUUGAAAAGAUCAUUUUCAGAAGGUCGGAGAAAGCUGUUGCAGCCAGUAAGGACACUGAUUUGGUGAAGGUGCAAGCCAUAGUUUUUGAGAUUGAUGAUCGAGGGUCAAUUGGUGGGUCAGCCUAUGGUGGUCAGAGAGCUAUUUGCUGCACUCCUGAACUGGCAAAAUUAGGCGUGUGCACUCAAGGUGUGAUCAUUUACCGCCCCUCGUCCCAGAACCCUGACUGGCCACAAGUGUUUGUUGCUUCUUUCAAUGGAAAAGAUCCUGUCACGACAUUACCGUCUCAAACUAUAACCAUCACCAGAUCUGGGAUGUAUAACCUGUAUUUUAUCUACUGUGACCCUGCACUUGAUGGUCUGGUUAUUGAAGGAAAGACCGUGUGGAAAAAUCCAACCGGCUACCUGCCAGGAAGGAUGGCCCCUCUCAUGAACUUUUAUGGAUUCAUGUCUCUUGCUUUUGUGAUACUUGGAAUUUUUUGGUUCUACCAGUAUGCGAGGUUUUGGAAGGAAAUCCUUCCGCUUCAGAACUGCAUAACAUUUGUCAUUGCAUUGGGCAUGUUUGAAAUGGCGUUAUGGUAUUUUGAGUAUGCAGAGUUCAAUAAAGCCGGAGUCCGACCAAAGGGGAUGACAUUUUGGGCUGUAACAUCCGGUACAGUCAAAAGAGCAGUCUCACGCGUUAUCAUCCUUGUUGUUUCUAUGGGGUUUGGUGUUGUCAGGCCUACGCUGGGUGGUCUCACUUCAAAGGUGCUUAUGCUUGGGGCAACAUUUCUUGUAGCUUCUGAAGUUCUUGAAUUGGUAGAGAAUGUUGGGGCUGUAAGUGAUCAUUCUGGAAAGGCAAGAUUGUUCCUGGUUCUUCCAGUGGCAGUUUUGGAUGCUUUCUUCAUUCUUUGGAUAUUUACUUCUCUCUCCAAAACAUUGGACAAACUCCAGGCAAGACGGUUGAUGGCUAAGCUAGACAUCUAUAGGAAAUUCACAAAUGCAUUGGCUGUUGCUGUUAUUGUAUCUGUUGGUUGGAUUGGUUAUGAGCUUUACUUCAAGUCAACUGAUGUGUACAACGAGCGUUGGCAAAGUGCUUGGAUCAUUCCUGCCUUUUGGCAGGUUCUCUCCUUUUCCCUUCUCUGUGUGAUCUGUGCUCUCUGGGCACCCUCUUAUAACUCAAUGAGAUAUGCUUACUCAGAUGAUGCAAGUGAAGACUUCGACCGUGAGGAUACUCUUGCACUAAUAAAGCCAGGACCUAUGCCUUCUAAGGAUGGCCGAGGUUCUUCAGCUUCACCGGAUGCCAGGGCUACACUAAACAUCAAUACUACCACCUUACAGUCACAGAAUAGGGACAUUGAAGAAGACAAACGAGAGUGAAAUAUCUACCUGCUUGUGCUGUUUGGGUGCAUUCUGUAUCAGAAAAUUGGAUCAGUCUGUACUAAUCUCAUGAGUCUUCCGAAAUGGAUGACGAGAGACUAUUUUUCACAGGGAUAAUACAUGUACCAUUUUCUUCUGUUGAGGAGAAACUAGCAUCUGAGGGUGUCGUUUUUAGUUUCUCAUUUUGUUGUGGUCCCGGUUCAUUGUAUUUCUUUCCCAUGCCAUAAAACUCUGAUGUUUAGGCAUUAGUUAAUACCAGAUUUUACGAAGUUGUGACA